AUGUUCUGGACGGCGUGGGGCGCCACGGCGCCGGCGGUGGGCCGCGCGUCACUGGCCGGCGAGGACCGGCGCGCGCUGGCCGCGCUGAAGCUGGUGUACCCUUCGGCGUUGACGGCCGACCUGCCGGCGCGCGUGCUGUACUGGGUGGACACGUACCUCGAGUGCGUGGAGCGCGCCGACUACGACGGUGGCAACCGCCUCACCGUACGUCGCGGCUACAACUCGCAGCGGCUGCAGGCGAUCUCGGUGCUGGAGACGACGCUGUUCCUGCCGGUGUGGUCCAACUCUUCGGUGACGCUGGCGUCGCGGUACAGUCGGCCGCGCGUCGCGGUGCAGUGGCCGCUGCCGGCCGGCGGACGACCCGUCGCCGCGCUCGCCUACCACGCGCUGCGCCAGCCGCAGCCCGCAGGCGGCCACCCCUGCUCGUCGGGCGGCGGCUGCGCGCACAUCUGCGUGACGGCGUGGCGCGGCGCGGCGCCGCACGCGCACUGCCUGUGCCGCCACGGCUUCCGCCUGGCCGGCCACGGCGACUGCGUCCGCGUGGAGCUGUCGGAGUACCUGGUGGUGUGCCGCGGGUCGCCGCCGCUGGUGGCGGGGCUGGCGCUGGGCGAAGGCGCGCGGCUGGGCUGGGAGCCGCUGGCGCCGGCGGCCGACGCCGCGAGGCCCACCGCCGCCGACGUCGACCUCGCCGGCGGAUACCUCUACUACUGCGACGUGCACCGGUACGAGAUCGUGCGGCAGCGGCUCAACGGGACGGGCCGCGAGGUGUUCGUCGACCGCGACGUGGACAACUGCGAGGGGCUCGCCGUGGACUGGAUGGGCGGCAACGUGUACUGGACGGACGACGCGCUGGGCCGCGUGAGCGUGGCGCGGCUGGGCGCCGGCCAGGUGCGGCGCACGCUGGUGGCCGAGAGGGACUACAACCCGCGCAGCAUCGCGCUGGACCCCAGGAACGGGGUCAUGUACUGGUCGGUGUGGGCCCACCUGGGCGGCGGCGAGGGCAGCCGCAUCGAGACGGCGCGUCUGGACGGCAGCGCGCGCCGCGUCGCCGUCGCCGGCCGGCUGCACUGGCCCAACGGGCUGGCGCUGACGGCCGACGCUACGCAGCUGUACUGGUGCGACACGUACCUCGACAAGAUCGAGCGGCUGGAGCUGGCCACGGGCGCGCGCGUGCUGGUCGCCGAGCACUCGCCGGCCACGCCCGUGCUGAAGCCGUACGGGCUGGCGCUGUACGACGGCGCGGUGAUCUGGAGCGAGCACGGCUCGGGGCUGGUGCGGCGCCUGUCGCGCGACGGCGCGGUGAGCGUGCUGGCGACGCUGCCGCCGCCGCUGUACGAGCUGCGCCUGGUGUCGGCGGCGGCGCGCGGCGGCCGCAACGCCUGCGCCUUCGCCAACGGCGGCUGCGCGGAGCUGUGCCUGUGGGCGGGCGGCGCGGCGGGCCGCGUGUGCGCCUGCGCCGACGGCCGCGCGCUGGCGGCCGACGGCUUGAGCUGCGCCGAGGCGCCCGCCGCCACGCCGCCGCCCUGCCCCGCCGACCGCUUCCACUGCGGCCGCGGGCGCUGCAUCGACGCGCUGUACGUGUGCGACGGCGACAGCGACUGCCCCGACGGCUCCGACGAGGACUCCUCGCCCGCCGGCGCCUGCGGUACGUCCCCGCGCCGGCCGCCGGCGACGACGCCGAGGGUCUAG